GUGGAGCGAACAUGACACUCCCAACCCACAUGAGCCUAUGGCAGAGGUUGCAGGCCCGUGCCUAGAUAGCUGUCCUGAGACCGCCUGUGUAAGCGUCUCUUUAGGCACGUCCCUCACAGGUGUGGCAGAAGAAUUAAAGGAGAGGAUGCCAGCCUGGGCCAAAAUGAAGAAGGAAAGUAAAGGACAACUGAUUUUGGUAGAUGUAGAGGUGUUUAGGAGUAGGGUAGGGGCCCUUAUAGAUUCAAGAGCUACCCGUAGUUACAUUAGCCGUAGGGCGCUGAAGAAGYUGAGGCUAGGWCUAAAGGUCCAAAAGCUAGUAGACCCCAUAGUCAGUGUCCUCGCAGACAACCGCACGAUGCGYGUUGAGGACUACGUAGAGGGAGUCCAGGCGUAUUUUCGCCUAGAGAAGGAUGGGAAGGUGGAGAAAGUUCUCCAUUCCCUGACUCUCCUCGUACAAGAUGACCUUCCUUUCGAUGUAGUGUUAGGAAUGGAUUGGGGAGAGGCAGCGGGGGCCACACUCCAUAUGAGAGAGCAUGAGUGUAGACUCCCUAGUCCGUCAGGCGAAGUGAAGACUGCUCGCCUGUUCCAUGCRUCCGGUGUAGAUAACACCUUGGCGCAUUGUUGUCUCAGUGCUCCYGCGUUCGCGCAAUUAGUAAGAAAKGAGCAGUUAGAGGAACARGUYUUUGUGGUGYAUGUUAGACCUGUCACUGAGGGCCAGGAAAAUGAUAGUUCCACAGAUCCAACAAUUGCCAAGCUGCUGGAAGAGUUCAAAGAUUUGACUGAGUCGCCGACAGGAGUAGUGUCGCGACCCAUCCAACACAGGAUAAAGAUAGAGCUUGGCAGUAGAACUCCUAAGGGUGCAGUCUACAGGAUGUCCCCUAGAGAGUUAAAGGAGCUUCGCAAACAGUUAGACGAACUCCUUGAGAAGGGUUGGAUCAGGCCCAGUUCGUCUCCUUUUGGAACACCAGUUUUGUUUGUCCCCAAGAAGGAAGGAGAGCUGAGAAUGUAUAUAGACUAUAGGGGAUUAAAUGCGAUCACCGUGAAGAAUGCUGAGCCGCUGCCCAGGAUAGACGAUCUUUUAGAUCGGGUGCAGGGUUGUAAGUAUUUCUCUAAGAUAGACUUAAAGUCCGGAUACCAUCAGAUAGAGGUUCAUCCUGAUGAUCAGUACAAGACUGCGUUCCGGACGAGAUACGGGCAUUAUGAGUUCAUAGUGAUGCCCUUUGGACUAACCAACGCGCCAGGUACUUUUCAGCGUUGCGUGAAUGACUUGUUUAGACCGUGGUUAGAUAAAUUUGUGGUAGUCUACUUAGAUGAUAUCCUAGUCUUUAGUAAGACCCUCCAGGAGCACCAGGGUCAUCUGAGGCAGGUCUUGGAAAAGCUUAGAGAGGCUAACUUCAAGAUCAAUGCGAAGAAGUGCGAGUGGGCCAAGACGCAAGUCUUGUACUUGGGCCACGUGUUGGACGGAGAUGGCAUUAAGCCAGAGGACAGCAAGAUAGCGGCGAUUAGAGAUUGGCCGACGCCCCGCACGUUGACAGAGUUGCGGYCGUUCCUAGGCCUAGCUAACUACUACAGGAAGUCCGUGAGGAACUUCUCCACUAUCGCCGCUCCCUUGCGCAGGUUGUUGAAGAAAGAGACAAUUUGGCAAUGGGAUAAAGACUGUACGUCUGCGCUAAAAAAGUUAAAGCGCGCGUUAAUAGAAUAUCCUGUCCUCAAAGUAGCGGAUCCGUCCUUGCCAUUUGUCGUUACCACGGACGCAAGUCAGUAUGGGAUAGGCGCCGUGCUGCAGCAAGGCGACGGCAAUGGCUAUAGACCCGUAGAGUUCAUGUCAGCGAGGAUGCCCUGUGAGAAGGUCGCUACCUUCACGUACGAGAGAGAACUCUACGCUCUCAUGCAGGCUUUAGACCAUUGGAAGCACUAUCUGUUUGGCAGGCACUUCCAAGUGUAUUCGGACCACGAAACGCUUAGAUGGUUAAAGACUCAGGCUAAGAUGACACCUAAGUUGACCAGGUGGGCCGCAGAGAUAGACCAAUUCGACUUUGAGCUCAAGCCAGUGAAAGGCAAGUACAAUGUAGUGGCAGAUGCUCUAAGUAGGAGAUCAGACUACUUUGAAGCCGUAGUACAUUAUCUGGAUAUAGGGAGAGACCUGCAGGAGAAAGUGAAACAAGCGUAUAUGCAGGACCCUAUCUAUAGCGACCUCCUAAAGAGAGUUAGAGAGGCCCCAGAGACCGAACCAGAUUACCGCACUACAGACGGGUUGCUGUUUGAGAAGACUAAUGUGUUUGACCGCCUGUGCGUUCCUAACAGCGAAGAGAUUCGUAGUCUGAUUCUCGGGGAAUGUCACGAUACGGAGAGACACUUCGGUUGGCAAAAGACGUUAGCCAAUCUGAUGCGUGCGUACACAUGGUCAGGGAUGAAGAACGACUGCAUAGAGUAUGUCCGCAGUUGUAAAGCUGCGAUUGAAAUGCAGUAUGGUCGGGUCAUCCGUGCCCAAUCCUUGGAAAAACGCAAGAAUGAACCACGUCUAGUUAAUCGUCGAUAUGACUUGGAGUUGGCAGCUAGGUCCAAAGUUCAGCCUACGAUUAGUCUUUAUACCACAAAAGGUUUGCUUAAAUUAGAAGUUGUCACUCAGGAUACUCCGUGGUGUGACAUUCACAAGUGGUAUGGUCACCCUUCCGUGAAGGGCCGCUAUUUGGCUAACGAGCCUCCUGAUCAGUGGGAGACAAUCAUCCAAAAGGCAAAUGAAGGGGUGGAUGGUCGAGAUUCCUCUCGACAAGAGUCUCUGAAAGACAUUGAAAUUAGAUCUGCACGAGAUCAAGGGAAACGCCAGGAGAAAAGGAAGCCAAGAGUAGAUGACACUCGAACUGCAAGGGGGGAUUUACACUCCCCUUAUCGCAGGGUUGGGGGGAAGGGGGGGGGAGCCGGUGGUGGAGGGGGAGGAGAGGGAGGAGCAAGUGGAAGCUCCUCUUUGGGGGGGAGUGGGGGGCAGGGGGGAGGYGGGGGGGAGGGCGCGGGCGGUGGGGAGAGUGCUGGAGUGGUGGCAGUUGAUGGAGCAGCUGUAUUCGGUGGAGCAACUCAGCAAUCUUCAGGAGCAUGGGCGGCGCUGAGAGCAGAAGAGGAGGCCAAAGAGGAAUCCAAAGGAGAAUUGAGGAGAGAGGCCGUGGAGGCAGCGACCCGAUUGGCCGAGGACGAGGAAGAAGAGCGCGAAGCAGAAGAAGAGUUGGUGGAAGCUGAAGAAGAAGAAGAAGAAGAAGCAGAGGAGAAGACUUCGGAGGAAGAGGAAGAGGCCUAUAGCGAGUACAGCGAGGGCGAGCAAAGUGAGGAGGAGGACGAAGACGACGAAGAAGUGGAAAGCGGGGACGACCAAGAGCCAACGCACGACGAGCUCGAGUGGGUGCCAGGACCGGAUCGGCGAGAGGAGAACCUGGAGGCUGCUGCGCGGCGCAAGAAAGAGAUCGCGAAAGGAAAGCGGUUGGCGAUCGAUCCCGCACUGAACGAUCCUUUCAAGUAUCCCAAGCCGCCCAAGCCGGAACAUGGAGACCUUGCUGCCACGACAGCGGGAGCCGCGACGACAAGGCGCCCAUCCCGAUCCCGAUCCACGUCCUCCUCCGCCUCCGCCCGUCCCCCAAUUCGUCAACGUGUCAAUGAGGGGCUUAGCCCUUCGUCCCUGAUCCAUAUACCACCAUCCCCUUAGGUAUCUCUCUUUCAAUCAGUAUUUCCAUCGCGUCGUCUACCCCCGUAAUCCCUUCCCCAUC